AAACGUGACUAGGCACCCAAAGCGUCCUGUUAUGCAACUACUGACCUACUAACAUACAUUUGGAGAAGGAGCGAGAGAGAGGGAGGAAAUUGGAGCAACUCAACAACAUAACACGAGGAACCACUGCAAAAUAAGCUAAACGCCACCCGACGCCACACUCGGACACACAGGACUUUUGCAUAGAGCGCAGACCCCUUGCAAUUCUGCUCUAUUUCUUCGCGACACAGAGAAAGGAAUUCAUACCUAAAUCGCUGCAGCGAAUAUAGUGGAAUUUUGUUCAUCAACAAGGAUCUUUUCAUCUUCCUAGCAGAGUGAGGGAGAGGCUGUACCCCUCCCCGAGAGACACCCAGGCAGAGGUAGACCGAGUGACCUACAUCCGGCAGCACGCUUGGGGCACUUGGACACAUCUCCGUCUGGCUCCCAACAGCUCCUUAGCUGAAAGCAAACAAACAAACAAACAAAGGAAAAAAAGGUCAGCACCAGGCCUUCCCUGCUGUGCUCAUAACAUUCUUCAGACUUGGAGAAUUCUGAUCCUUGCUGUGCAGAGGCUGACGUUGAACAUUGAGCACAGUCUCCAGGAGAACGGUGCCAACUAACCCACUUGGAAGAGUUUCUUAAGCUCGUAAAUGUGGGGUGUUGACACAGAUUUCCACCUCUUUUUGAUUUUCCUUGCCUAUUUGGACACGUGAAAAGCCUCAAGAAAGGGUUAUUUUGAAGGGCAACUCCCAUUUAACCAAUGAGUUUCCUUCUUUCUGAAGCUCAAACACCUCCCAGGUUUUUCAGAGAUCCAGAAACCUAGAUUGUGUUUGCUGAAGCAACACAGAAGAAGACACUGUAACCUUCACACCAGUGUUGUCACAGCCACUUGACCCUUCCCUUUUCCUCGAUUUCAUUCCCAUCGAGUUGGAAUGGAAAGCCUGAAUUCCCCCAUGAUGGCCUCACCAGCCGACAUGAAGAACCUGGACCACCUGGAGACCUACUCCAGCUACAGUGAGUCCCUGCCGUCUCCAUCCCCGCAGCAGGACGGCGAGUCGCGCCAGGGCCGCAGCGGCAAGUCCAAGCCCAACAUGUCCUGCCGCCGCAAGCGGGAGUUCAUCUCCGAGGAGAAGAAGGACGCCUCCUACUGGGAGAAGCGCCGCAAGAACAACGAGGCGGCCAAGCGCUCGCGCGAGAAGCGCCGGCUCAACGACAUGGUGCUGGAGAACCGCGUCAUCGCGCUCAACGAGGAGAACAUGCGCCUCAAGACCGAGCUGCUGCAGCUCAAGCUCCGCUUUGGACUCAUCAGCACCGCCUCGUACGUGGAGAAGAGCCAGCAGAUGGCCAACAGCGCCGUAGCAAACGCCAGCUCUUCGUCCUCCUCUUCCUCUGCCCAUUACUACACCAGCGGUUACUCCAGUGGCUCUCAGGUGCUGAUGAACUCCGACUCUUCGGAGACCGAGCAGCAGGAGGGUCACAUGCAACACGUCAAGUACUCCCCACGGGGGUCCCUCUCGGACCUCUCUGAUGUUGGCUCGUCCAGGAACAGCCCAGAGCCCAUGGCCUACAACAUCAAGCAGGAGGGAGCAGGGCUGGACAUGGACAUGGACUUGGCUGGUGUGCCCACCACCCCCACCACCAAUGCACAGCUGAUGUUCAACCUCCAGCGCAGCUUGAGCGCUAACCGCCACCUUGAGAUGGAGGCCUCCUACCAACACCACCAGCAGCAGCAGCAGCAGCAGCAGCUGCAGCAGCGUCACCCCAGCCACCAGCAGCAGGAGUCGGUCAUCAGCUCUCCGAACCCCAGAGCCACACCUCAGCGGAGUGUCAUCCUCUUCCGCUCCAGUAGCACCUCUUACCCGGUGGAGAGCCAGAAGGCUUCGGACGCCAACCAGCAGAAGCCGCAGUCGCUUGCCGCAGUCCCUCAGCUCUCCCAGGCCUUUCAGGGAGGCUUGGAGAUCCUGGCCGAGGUGACCAAGCAAAUGGAGAGGAGGACAUUAGACUCCCCUCCCUACGAGUACGCCGGUGGGUAUGCCCACCUGCAUGAGAGGCUGGAGGCCGCGAGGCAGGCCGGCUCUGCCCCAGAGCUGCUCCCCAAGCGGGAGGAGAGGGCUGUGUUCCACCAGGGCUAUCCGGGCGCUCGUGACGAGGAGCCUCCUGUCCUGACCUAUGAGGGCGGCUCCCAGGGCGACACCUACUACCCAAGCCAGUCGACCUCGGCCAAAGACACAUCGUCGAGCGACGGCGACCUGCGCAGCUCCGACAAGGACGCCUCCACCGACGACGAGUCCCCGCAGUCCUCCUGCUCUGAGGCGGGCCGCUACCAGCCGCACCUGUCCUCGGCGGCGGCGUCCCCGAUGCCCUUCCCCCCGGGCACCUCCCCUGCCAGCCAGGACGUCAAGGGCACCGCGCUGCCCCACAAACUGAGGCUCAAGCACCGGGCCAUGAGCAGCAGCGGCUCCUCAGGUCAGGAGUCCCCCACCACGCCACCCACCCUGUCCAGCCCUCUGCCCCAGCACCCAUACCUGGCGCUCCCCCACUCCGGCCAGACGGAGCUGAACAGGGAGCCAGAGGCGGAAGACCUAGACAUUUGCCAGCCGGCCUCCUCCUCCUACUCCUCCUCUUCCUCCAUAGCGGGAGCGAGGGCAGAGUUCAGCAAGAAGGAAUCCGGCAGCCGGACCGGCCGGAACAAGAGGCACGACUGAGAGUGAGAGGGAACUCUUUAGGGCAGCAUGGACAUACGAGUUGCCCCCCCUGUGAGACUUAUGGGGGGAUCUCUCGCUGCCCUCUGGCACUUAAUGUUAUCCCUCCUCUCUCCCCCAAACCCACCCUUUACCCCCCCUCCACACACUCUUCCAAGUCUAUCUCCUAAGGACAAAAGAGAUGUUGACUCUCGAACAUGAUAUCCCAAGCUGAGCUCAGCCUGUGGGUGCACUGUAUGAUAGAUUGUACAGCCUUUGGGAACUUCUUAUUACCCAUUUCAAAUGAUACAAGCACUUUUGUACAUGGACAAGAGAAUGGACACCCUUCAUGUCACAUUGUUUGAUUUGUACCCUUACUGUCUCAACCACAUUGUUAGUUCAACAGUAUGCAAGAGAGGCUUGCUUGGCUGUAAAUAGUACACAUAGGAUUGCCCCUGUAUCAUGGAUUGAAUGCCGUGUAUACACAUUCACAAAUAUGCAGGCAACAGCUAUUUACCAUCAGUACCAAACAUAACAUUCUGGGAGGAGCUCCCAUUGACCAAAGAUGCAAUGCUUUAAGUUCCACCCCUCAUCUCCUUCCCUACCUCUUCAAGGUCCUUGUAUUUCUUCAUGCAUCAUCAACCCCUGACACUUUGUAUAUUUCUGUGCUAUAAGUAUACAAUUGAUAUUGAAUAACUUUAUAUUUUGAAGAAACAAACAAAAACGUUACAUAAAAAGAAAGAAUUGUAAAUGAAUGUGAGGAAAAAGUGAGUGGGUUUGAGGAAUAUCCAAUGGCAUAAUCAGAUCAGUUGUACAGUAUCACGGUAUCUGGUGUUUCUAUACCACUUCAGAAAAACUUUUUAUUUUUUUAUUUUUUUCUUUGAAGAUUUAAUUUGUCUAUAAAUUAGUUUUAUAUGAAAACAUUUUUCCAUUUUAUUUUCAAAAGAAUGUUUGGCCUUUAAAUGCUAUGAAAAAAAUAGCUCUAAAAUCCAUCAGUCCCUUCUGUGAAGACAAAAGUGUAGUCAGCAGAAGAUUCCAGAACCCCCACCAUACUCAAACGUAACCCUACUCAUUUGUUUACACGAUGCAGUCAUAUGUUUUUACCUCUGUUAUGUAUUUAUUUUCCUUUUCGUUCAUAUGCAAGCCACAAACAGGUGUUUUAAAUGUAUGGUACACCUUAGCCUAGUCUUUCAGUCCGAGUCAGUCUGAAACAUUAGAUCAUUGAGAUGCAUAUUAUUUAUUUUUUAUUAAGAGUAAACGUGACUUGCGUGUUUCUUAGCUCUGCUGUAUCCGUUUUAUAUCACACCACUCUUCAUUUGAUUGUCAACACAUAAAGGGGCACACGGCCCGCCCUCGGUCAGUGUCUGUGAGGCGUUUGCGUCAGCUUCACUCCAGAUUGGCAUCGUAAUGUACCAUGUUAAUCACGAGAAACGAUUGAAGUGCCCUGUUUUUUUCGACUAGAAGCCUGUAAUCGACUGUGAUCUUUAGUCUGUCAUUUGUAUUCGAAACGUGCUGACGCGCAGUCACACACUCACAGGGUGUCACACACCUUCUAUGGCCUUUCCCCCGUGUAAUAAGAUGUCAUUAUCUGCUUUGUUGCGCACUUGUGUAUAAAUGUAAAAUGCCCCAGACCCCCCCCCCACCCCCCAGGACAACACUGUAAUGAUUUUAUAAGGAUUUUUUUGCUUUCUUUCUAUUGUUAUUAUAUAUUAUUUUUUUCUAAAAAGCUCUGGGUGUUGUCUUGUCUUCAUUCCUAUGGCUCUCCUCUUCUCCACCUUUAUGUUUUUCUCCUCUGUGUCCCUUUUGCUAUCGUGUUAUCUAUUCCCCCCAAGUACGCCUCACCCAGCCCUGCCCUCUCCUGCCCUGCCUUUACCUCUCAGUGUGUGUUACGAUCAGUGAUGUUGGUGUUUUUUUCACUGAUGGUUUUGACAAAAAAUGAUUAAAAUGAAAAAAAAAAAAAGAUAAAUACUGAUGGGAGUUGUGUGUCGAAAAUAACCGCACACGCUUCUGUUUUUGAUGUUGAUGUGUUUGUGAGGGGAAAAAACAACACUAAUGUUCAUGUUGGAAAGAUUUCAGAUGUGCAAAAAAUGACAUGAAAUAAAAUUGUCACAUUUCUCAACAUCAA